UGAAGCGAGCAUUCAGAAAAAAAUUAACUCAAAUUCGUCACCAAGAAACCUCUGUCAUUGUAGAACUCUCAUCAUAUUUUUUUAACAUUAUUACAUUAUAUAGCAAACGAAGUUUACUCCAGCAAGAUGCACAGGCAGAUGCAAACGCGUAACGUUCAAGAUGAAUCAGAUGAGUUAUACGUAAAUAAGUUAUUCUUAGCCAAAAGUUCAUCAGACACGUGCCUAAGAUCUGUAAAGUUCUCAGCUGAUGGGCAGAUGACCACCGUAAAAUCAGAUAAUUUUAACGAUCACCAUCUGCAAGCAAACCUUGAAUUACCAGAACUGAAAGAGCGUUGUGUCUUCGCGUCCAACGAAGAGCUGUAUGAGUUGUCAAAACAAUUGGCCGACAAUGAAAUCGAACCACCAGCUGAAGGUCCCCAACAUGAAUCAUUAAAUGAAUGUGUAAAUAUAGAAUAUAAAUCUGAGAUAAUUUGGCAUGAAUGUACAUUUAAUAACAACGAUGGCCAGGUUGAGAAUGUUGAAGGAUCAAAUAUUGUUGUUGAUUUACCAACAAAAAAUCAACCAAAUGAACAGCAAAUGGCCAAGGAGCUACCAAUACAGAUUGUGAAAAAGAAAUUAAAGGAAAUACAAUCAGCUGAAACAAUUGAGGUAGAUCUAGAGCAGAGUGCAGCAAUUGCUGCUCAUGAGCACAUGUUGAUGUUGAAGGAUAUUGCUGAAUUUCAAGCUCAAGUGGAUAUGAGAAAAGCAUUUGAGCCAAUAAACCCAUUCAAAAAAAUUGCUGCGCCUGAUUGAACUCACGGGGAAAAUUAUUGAUAACUAUUACAUCUUCACUCUUCUGUUGCCUCUGGGCCUUGCCAUCUAUCUCGUCUAUAUACUAUAUUUUGACGUCAAUAUCUACAUUAAUGCGGAGCGUCGUUAUUUAAAGAAAAUGCGUUCAUCUGGUAUUUUAUUGAAAUGGUUUUAUUAUGUGAUGCACCUGCUAAAUGUGAACAUAUUUUAGUUAGUUUUCAGUAAUAAAAAAUUGAAGUUGUCUGUACACAA